CUCUACAAGGUAAUGAGGGAUGAAGCAGAGACCCUGAAGCCCUCAGACCCCGACAGCUACACACAGACGGACAGACGGGCAGAGAAACAGACGACAUACAGAGGAAUAACACAGAGUUUGAAAUGACGUGGCGUGAGCUACGCAGUCGGCAGUUCUGGCUCGCCAUAGUUGCAGAGUUGCUCGGCACCCUGAUUUUAGUGAGCGCUGUGCUGGGUGCCUCUGUGCCAGGCCCUGGAGAGGGCCCCAUGGGACCCCUGUACCCUGCAGUGGCAGUGGGGGUGGUGGUUGUUGCACUGGGACACUGUUUUGGAGAAAUAAGCGGGGCACAGGUGAACCCUGCAGUGACUCUGGCUCUGUUGACCACUCGGAGGCUGGAUGUCCUCAGGGCCGCUCUUUAUGUGGCUGCACAGUGUUUGGGGGCCUCUUUAGGAGCCGGGGCCCUCUACCUGGCCCUGCCGGUCAAAAGCACUGCAGACCACUUCGUCAACAAGGUUCCCAUGGAGCUGAAUGCAGCUCAGGCUUUGGGCAUCGAGGUGUUGUGCACCUUCCAGCUGGUCUUCACUGUGUUCUCAGUGGAGGAUCAGCGGCGGAGGGAAAGCCCAGAACCAGGAAACCUGGCUAUUGGAUUAGCACACACUGCUGGAGUGCUGAUAGGGGCGCGGUUUUCCAGUGCUAGCAUGAACCCUGCACGUACUCUGGGUCCGGCCAUCAUCACUGGCUUCUGGGAGCACCACUGGGUUUACUGGCUCGGCCCAGCGAUAGGUGCUAUACUGGCUGGAGUGUCCCACGAGUUCUUCUUCGCUCGCAGCGCCUCUCGUCAGAAGCUGGUGGCGUGUCUGACCUGUAGGGACAUUGGGAUUGUGGAGACGGCCAGCAUGACGGGAUCAUCUCUGUCCACGGUCACACAGAACGCCAUGAGAGCCAAGCAGGCCAACAAACAAGAAAACAACUGAGGACACGUGCAUGAAAAAAACACAUAGAAACUCAUUCUGCAGCAUCACAGUGAUUCUUAUGGACGCGCAUAGUGUGCAGCUCAUCAGUCGUGUAGAGCAGGCUCGACAGAGACAGGCUUAUACAGUAGCUGCCAAAGGUCUUAUGUGAAAAUGGAAUUAGGGGCUCAUACAUUAUUCAGUGUUAUUGUUUCAAUUUUUAAAGCACUUUAAUAUGAAAUCUCACCAGUGAUAAAGAAAAACUAAAAAUCCUUUACAUAACUGAAAGUAGAAACACCUCAAGAGAAAACUUAACAGGUGGGAGAGCAGUUGAACAGUUGUCUCUUAAUGGUAAGACUGAAGGUUCAAUCCCCAGUUCUACCUGUUGAAGUGUCUUAGAGCAAAACACUGAACCCCAAAUGCAUCCCAAUGUGAUUAAUCUAAUGUGUAUGUCAUAAAUUAAUGUAUUGUUUCUAUAGGUCAGAAAGUUGUGAGAAAGGGCCGUUAUAAUUUCCAAGAGCCACAGAUGAAGUAUUUAAAUGUCUUUUUUUGGAUGACCAACACUUUAAAGUCCCAAAAAUAUUCAGUUUAUGAUAUAAAACACAUUUAAAGGCUGUUUGGCCAUUUAUCAAUAAUUAAUAAUUAAAAGAGUCGCAGUUAAUAACCUACAGAAUGAUAUUAUUGAUGCAGUAACAUCCAUAAUGAAAAUCCUCAUAACUGGAGACACCAGAUUUUACACCUGAUGAAAAACCUGAUAUGUUCAGUGCUGAGAGAUUGCAUCCUCUGCUUUAGAUAUUGUCCAAAUGUCCUUCUGUCACUGAGCUAUGACAAGGUCUAUAUUGAGUUAAUACAAGACUUUACAACAAAACAGCUACGAGUCAGAUGUAGGAUCAAAGUGAGCAGCAACUACAGCUGAAAGAUAAAUGUGGUUGAGUGAAAAAAAGUACAUUAUUUCCCCAUGAAACAUAGUGGAGAAGAUGCAGAAGGUCACACAAAAUGGAAAUACUUCACCAAAUUAAACAUACCUGAAAACUUGUUUAAAAUUGAUCUGUUACUUAUGAGAGUAAACACAAAUAAUUCAAAAUGUUGGUCACUGUGGCCACAACUGGUCUUUAAGUGAUGUUGAUAUCUGCUAAAAUGAAUAACAGUGGCACAAGUAGAGAAGAGUUAUAAAGUUUGCCAGCAUGAGCUAACAAAAGAUACUGGUUAUAUCAGACUAAGUACCCUAAAUCCCUCAGUGUAUUUAGUUGAGUAUGUGUUACUGAUCAUGAUUUUUUUUGUUUGUUUGUUUGUAAGAAAAUAAUGUGUUAUUUCUUAUUUCAAAGUUAUGUUUCAAAGGAACUCUAUACGACAUUCAGACCAUUAAUAUAGCAGUGAACAACUAUUUGCUUGGCCUUUGUAAAGAUUAGGUGGAGUAAUGACGUCCGGGGCAGGGUAUGAAGUCACGUGUCCUCUGUAUGUGUUGUAAUCAGCUUCUCUGAUAGACAGUCCGGCCACAGGGAGACAUAUAUAGCUGCAGACACAAUUCCUUUGUGGCGUACACGACACGCCCUUUCAAACCGCACCCACAAUAGUACAAGACACACCCACCAACGCGAUGGCUAUCUGAACCCUGCUACAAUGUAGUGAAUAAAUGGUAAAUGGACUUGUAUAGCACCUUUCUAGAUCCGUCCACUCAAAGCGCUUUUUACACUACGAGUCACAUUCACCCCUUCACACACACAUUCACACACUGGUGGCCGAGGCUACCAUACAAGGUGCCACCUGCUACUCAGUUUUUAACUCACUCACACACUGGUGGAACAGUCAUCGAGAGCAAUUUGGGGUUCAGUAUCUUGCUCAAGGAUGCUUCGACAUGUAGGCUGGAGGAGCCUGGGAUCAAACCGCCGAUCUUCCGAUUGAUGGAAGACCCGCUCUUCCUCUGAGCCACAGCCGCCCAAAUGACACCAAAUGUUACAAUAAUCCACUAUAUAAUUCACAAUACAUGAAGAAGUGAUUCACUUCAUAUGUAAUGAGAUGUGGCCUUUCCAUUACCCUUAUCCUGACCUUAAACGCCUCUAUUUUAACAUUAUACUGCGUAGCUAACGUGAGCUAAUUGCUAAUGAGCAUUAACAUAAAUAACAAGAUGUAGACGUCCUGUUCGUAUCCUAACCUCAACCACCUCUCUUUUAACGUAAAAUUUCAUGGCUAGCUAAUUGCCAACUAAAGAACUCCGUCAGGAUCUCCGCAUCUGGGCCAAGGAGCGAAGGGGGCUGAUCAUGGACUGAGUGUAGGUUAAAGCGGGCAAGUCUUGUAGUAUAGCUUGAGGGUGGGUCAUGUAGCCGCUCCAGCUGCAGUUACACCUUCUUGACCAUGUGUGCACAUGCGGGUAUCCCACUGGCUAAUGCCACCGCUCUACACCGCACUCAAACAACAGUUACAGCUGACAUUGGGACGGCGUCAUUACAGAAGCAUAGCGCCCAGCCUCUGGUUCCACCACAGCUAAUAUCAUUAGCCAGUCAGCACUGUUGCUGUUGUUAGCACUGUUUGUGCUAUUAGCAUUGUUAGCUGCUAGCUGCCAGCUAAGCCACGACCAUGUUGAGAACCAUGUGCAGACAACUGCUGAAGAUACGCACUGAAUAUCACAGAGCUCCUUUAACUAAUUUGGCUUGAUUAAGAGUAGCUGGCUUCCAAUAAGCUGAAGCAUUUUGUGUUUAAAGGUGUAUUUCUUUUUUCUUUUCAAGAGACUUCAGUAAAUGUAAAAAAAAUCAUGUUGCUCACGUGACAUUAAAUUAACUAACAAAGCGAAGGUUACUUUCAAACCAUCACCGUGUCCGCCUGGCACAUUUCAGUUCAGUUAUCCUUUCAGUGUCCCUCCACUAAAACAUCACCAACACAUUGAAACAAGUCUUUCCCUGUUGCUUUUUGUUGCAUGUGUGGAGAGAAUGCUGCAUUUUAAAGGAGCUUAAUGUGACCUUUGAGGUCUUAGUCGGCUGUCAUUAGUGUGUGUAUAGGUGUAGCCAAUAGUGUGAGAUUCUGUAUUGUCACUUUCAAAUUUGCACAUCAUUAAACUGUACAAUGGAGACUCAUUGAAACCCUGCUGAAAAACAGCCUCAUGUGUGUUAUUUUCAUUUUCAUCUUGUGUCUGUGAAUGCUUUGAAAUGCUAAAGAGGUCCUCGCCCUGCAUCAUGGGUUCAGUGAUGUUCUCAAUCAGUCCAGCGCGUCUCUCAUGUCUGUGGCUGUCAGCGGCCGCCUCUUUUCUUAGGAGUCCUAUUCACAAUCAAAUGGACCUUCAUACCUGUAAUGGCUCUAAAGAAAGAACACAGUUUGUAAUAUGACAGCUUUGUAACAUAACGUGGAUACAAUGAAUGUGUGUAAAUGUGUGCCUGUACUUGUGCUUUUGUCUUGUCUUAAGGGGUAAUUUUGCUAUUUUUCUUUUGAAAUUUUGUUUUUGAAACUGGUCCAGCAUUAUGCCAGAGCACUGCAGCCAGCAACCAUGAAACAGGCUGCAAUGUAACUACUCAGGUCAUCGUUUACAUCCACUAAAAGUCCUUCUUUUGCUACUGACCGGCUCAGAUUAUUAUUUUAAGUGUCUGACAACAUUAUGGGAAGGAUCCCUACAGAGAUAGACCUUUAUGUUUUAAGAGUAAGAUCCGUUUUGUUUAACCCGGAACAGCCCUGAAAUCACCAUCAACUAACCCACCAGACUCCAUUUAAAUAAACAGUAAUUUAGUGUGUAUUGAUUCAGCAUGUUUUCACAUCUGACUCAGUGAGUUAAGGGUUUUAUUCAGCCAUCUCCACGGUGAUUGUUAGAACAGUGUAAAGACAAAGCAAGAGGGCUUUAGUGAGUUCUAUUUUGUUUCUGGUGACUUAGAAUGAAGUGUGUUUUACAGUGAUAAAAUUAGUGUUUAUUUAAAUGGAGUCUGGUGGGUUUGGUGAUGGCAAUUUCAGGGCUAUUUCUGGUAAACAAAAAGGAUCCUCUUUAAGGAUCUUUUUCAUAAUGUUGUCAGACAAUUCUAACACAAAAAAUGCCACGGUUGGGCAGACACAUUCCACAACGCCACCCAGUAUACACCAGUGUGCAGAACAAACAGAAAUAGACAUGACUCUGAGGCAAUUACAGUAAUACCCUAUAUGACACAACAGCUCUUCCCUCCCACCCGCCACCCAUCCUCAUAUCCCCAAGUUUUCCUUCCUUUAAAUAUCUAUCUAUCUAUUUAUCUCUAAGCCACAAUGUCUAGAGUAACAACAUCCAUGGAGUUGAGUUUUACUUUUUUUUUAUAUCAAGGGCUAAAUCAAAAUGCAUUCAGAGCUGAUUUUGUUUGGGACAUUACGUCUCGAAGCCACUGGCCAGAUAUCAGCGGGGCAGCCUCCUUUCAUUUGAGCAAGAUGGCCUGUGCAAGAGCAGAGCAAAAGUCACCAUAAGGUGCUCUGCAGAUGUCAGGUUAGGGUUGUCUCCAUCAGCAAAGCCAAACAGGGCAACAACAGGGUCUAGGUCUAAUUUUUUUUAGAAAGGGUAUGGAAGAUAUCUUUAAAAAAUGUUUGUGAGUGAGGGCAAAGCCAGUAUAUAUAUAUGUAUCAGGGUGGCAUCAUUGUUUUUGCAUUUGUCACAGGUGGGGGUUGUAUCAGGGUGGCAUCAUUCAGGGUAGAUGCUAGACAGCUUAAACUUGGACAUGUGGGUCUGUUUGACCACCUUAAACUGCACUAAGCAUAUAGAGACCCAUUAGUCCUCAGAUAUAAGUCCCAGAUUAUGUUUCCAGGCUACCAUAAUCCUGUCUAGAGGUGAGCGCGUCAGCAUUGAGAUGUUACUAACAGUCCGAGUCUAUCAGUGGCAAAAACAAGCACCUUUAGUGGAGGUAAAUUGACAAAAAUGUGGCCUGUUUUGCUGCGACCCUCUCACUUGGCACUGGACCAGUUUAAAAAUAUUUAUUCCCAACAGACACUUAGACACAAAAAUGUCAGAAAAUAGGGUCAAGGUCGAAAAAAUAGCAGAGUUACCCUUUAAAAUAUGUUUUGUACACGUGUAUAGACACGCAGGUAAAUUUGGUUUGUGAUAUUUGUCUCUUUUGUAAUUUUAAUGAAUCAUUCCUUUAAAAUGAAUAUAAUACAAAGUAUAUUUAUUAUGUACUCAUAUUCAUAAUUGAGAUAUAUGUACUGUACACUAUAUGAUCUGGAUUUGACAGCAAAAUAAAAUGAAAUAAAACCAUGUUAACACUCAGUAUCAAUGUAGCAGUGUUAUUUGAACACACACUCACACACACACAUAUACAUAAACUAUUUACACACACACAAUGUGCACAAUAGCUAUAACUGCCAC